AUGGCAGCCGUGGGGGCAGCGGCAGCGGCGGCGCGGUCGCUGCUGGCGGCGGGGCGGGCGGGCGCGGGCGGGCGGCGGUGCCGGGUCCUGCCCCUGCCCGCCGCGGGGGCCGCUCCCUUCUGCACCGUGGCCCCGCAGCAGCAGCAGCAGCCGUCGCCUGACAUGAAGAGCUACCUGUGGUCGCGCUACAAGGAGGCCAAGAGGGUCACCAAGGAGUUGGUUCCUUCAAUUAUGAGUAACAUGCUGAAUCCAGAUGCUAUUUUUUCAAACAAUGAGAUGAGCCUGUCAGACAUUGAAAUUUAUGGUUUUGAUUAUGACUACACAUUGGUCUUUUAUUCUAAACAUUUGCACACGCUGAUAUUCAAUGCUGCUCGAGAUCUUCUUAUCAAUGAACAUCGGUAUCCUGCAGAAAUAAGAAAAUAUGAUUAUGAUCCAAAUUUUGCCAUCAGAGGACUUCAUUAUGAUGUGCACCGGGCAUUGUUAAUGAAGAUCGAUGCUUUUCAUUAUAUUCAGCUGGGAACAGUUUACAGAGGCCUCAGUGUUGUCCCAGAUGAAGAAGUUAUUGCAAUGUAUGACGGUUCCCAUAUCCCUUUAGAACAAAUGAGUGACUUUUAUGGAAAGAGCUCACAAGGAAAUACAAUGAAGCAAUUCAUGGAUAUAUUUUCCUUGCCAGAAAUGAGACUCCUUUCUUGUGUGAACGAAUAUUUUCUGAAAAACAACAUAGACUACGAACCUAUUCAUCUGUACAAAGAUGUCAAGGACUCAAUCAGGGAUGUCCAUAUCAAAGGAAUAAUGUACAGAGCAAUUGAAGCCGAUAUUGAGAAAUACAUCUGCUACGCUGAGCAAACUCGUGCAGUGUUAGCUAAGCUGGCUGAUCAUGGCAAGAAGAUGUUUCUCAUCACAAACAGUCCCAGCAGCUUUGUGGACAAAGGCAUGAAGUUCAUAGUUGGCAAGGACUGGAGGGAUCUCUUUGAUGUGGUCAUUGUCCAGGCUGAUAAACCAAACUUCUUCAAUGAUAAGCGAAGACCAUUCCGGAAGGUGAAUGAAAGGGGGGUGUUGCUUUGGGACAAGAUUCACAAGCUGCAGAAAGGUCAGAUUUACAAACAGGGUAACUUGUAUGAAUUUCUGAAGCUUACUGGAUGGAGGGGCUCUAAGGUGCUCUACUUUGGUGACCACAUAUACAGUGACUUGGCAGACUUGACCCUGAAGCAUGGCUGGCGCACUGGUGCAAUUAUUCCAGAGUUACGGUCAGAGAUUAAAAUCAUGAACACAGAGAAGUACAUUCAAACCAUGACCUGGCUGCAAACCUUGACAGGAUUAUUGGAACACAUGCAGGUUCACCGUGAUCCUGAUUCACAGAUGAUUUUAGAAGAAUGGAAGAAGGAAAGGAAGGAAAUGAGGGAGAUGAACAGGAAUUUCUUCAAUGCGCACUUUGGAAGCAUAUUCAGAACUGAUGAGAAUCCAACUUAUUUCUUAAGACGUCUCUCUAGAUUUGCAGAUAUCUACAUGGCAUCACUGAGUUGUCUCUUGAACUAUGAGCCUGAUUACACGUUUUAUCCAAGGAGGACUCCUUUGCAGCAUGAACUUCCAGGCUGGUCAGAUCAGCUGUGCACUGGUACAUUCAGAAUACCUUUCCUACAAGAGACAGUUCAAAUCAAAUGAAAACUUGGUGACUUCUGUCUAAAAUGGACAAAUAUAUCUUGGUUUUUUUGAACGUAUGUGUAUUUUAUUUAAGUCACUUAAAUCUGUUACCUUGGUUUAGAUGUAUCUCAUACUUAAUCUCAUAAGCAUUGUAACUGUUUUCUCCUCUUCUGCUCAGACAUGUGAAAACUCCUCUUACACACAGAAGAGAUGAUGGACUGCCAAAACAGUAGUAGGCCAGGAGGGAGGGCACAUCUGAAGGGAAGGACUGAUGGUGUUCUGAGGUGGUUGUUUUUGUUUAUUGGAAACUUCAAUCUGCAGCCUUGUGGUUUACAAAGAAAUACCUGUACUCUCACUUCUGGCCCUUUUCAGCACUCCAGCUGGAGCCUCUAAUGGAUCUUGGCACUGAAAAGCUCAAAUCCAGUGUUAGUAAUUCAGUGAUAAACAGCUAAUAACCAGUUCAGGGUGAGACUCAGAGGGAUAGUGUACAUAUUGUACCUUUCCUUGCUGCUGUGGCUGGAGCCUGACCUAACUGAGCUGAGGGCUGUAGUGUUGGCGUGGCUGUGCUGCACUGACAGGCUCAGGCUAAUGGGCUCUUUCUCCUGUCUGUGCAGUUUCUGUUCUUGUGAUGUUUGUGCUUGGCUGCAGGUGGACCUGAGCCUAAACCCGAAACUGCCGGUAGGUUGGGCUGCUUUGGCUUCCUCUUGUUAACUUUUAGGCACCUUUUGUUUUUAAGUUCCAAAACACUUCAAAUAUCCACUCUCUAGUAAUAAAGUAAUUUCAAGAGGUCUUGCAUUUUGCAUUUCAAAGUGGAGACAGAUCUUUCCAUCAAGCUUUAGUUUGAUCCUAAAUGCUGCUUUUAAAAUUUUUAACAGUGUCUUAUUACAGUGGUAUGCAAUGUGGUUUUGCUGUUUGCUAGGAGAGAAUGUAUUUCAUAUAGCCUUUUACAGUCAGAAGUAAAUACGCACAAUGGGCAAAGGAGUUAAAAGAAAAAUUAAGAAAUGAGAAAAUGAAACCCAGAGUAUUUUUGUUGGCAUAUUUUUAGCUCAAGCCCUGAAAGCUGAAUUAGGGAUGAUGCAGAUUUUGCAUAAAGAAAAAUAGUUUUGGUGGUGCAGAUUAAAAGUUUUAUUGAAUUACUGAAAUUGAAGGUAAUGCAUAAACAUAAACUCUGGGUAGCAUAUAUUCCAAAGAUUUGAGCUGAAAAAUGUCUACUUUGCACAAGGAAAACAUCUGUUGAUGUGUUUCCUCUAACAGGCACUUUAUAGAACUGCUAUAUAAUUGUUUUUAAGUAAGAAUUAUUUUCUUUCUCUGGAUCCAAAGGAAAUGGGUUGGUUUUUUGAUUUUUUUUUUCUUUUUUUUUAACUGGUGCUUCCCACCCCAGCCAUGAUUAAUAACUUCCAAAUUUUAGUUAUUAAAAGCUUGAUUUUUUUAAAAGCAUACAUUAACAAAACAUAUAGCAUCUGGUGUUCUUAAUUUCACUUGCUUUCUCAUGAUUGUCAGGUAAACAAACUUUUGGUGACCAAAAGUUUUCUCGUUUUGGCUUUUUCUUUUUUAACCUGUCUGUAUUAUGUGCAAUUACCUAGAUUGAAUUUCAUAUACAGUAUCUUUCAUGUUUUUAAAAGCAUGUUUGCGAAGUACAGAAUGUAUUUUAAUCUAGUCUGCACAAUUUUAUAAGUAGUUUUCCUGUAUGCUUGAAAUCAGUAUGACAUCCUCAGAGGUGAUUGUGGAUUUUGUUUUCUUGUGCUCCUAUUUGAAAUUUGACGUGAAACACGCCUGAAGUGUGUUUGUGUAUUUAAACAGAUGAAUACACUUGAAAUGAGGAAGUUCAUCUGACCGUCCUGCUGUUUUGCUGGAUAGAAAGAUAAAGUUUUGCAGGAAGUUAGUUUGACUUUAUCAGGAGACUUGUUGGUGAGGCUGUGCAAGAAAUAUUUAGCAUAACUUGUUAAUGAAAUGUGGGGAUGGAAAUAUCCCGAUUUGCCUUCAGUUCUUUAUUCUAAUGCUCAGCUACAACCGAACUUGGUGUUACAGGUGUGUAGCAUCACUCAUGCUCCAGAGAUUUCAGUUCACUCUUUAAGAAAAGAAAAAAACCCACCAAAACUACUCUACAUUCUCCAUCUUACUACCAGCAAAUAAGAAGAUUGUAUUAUUCAGUUCUGCAUUAUUGAACUUGAUCAUGUUUUGUUGAUUAUAGCUCUGUGAUGGUUAUUCUUUCAAAGCUGGCUAGGAGCCAGUUUGUUUGCUUAAUUUUCCUGUGUUAAGCAGGAACAGUUUAAUUGGCUUGGAUGGUGUUAUCCACAUAAUACGCAUUUUGUUUCAAGAUUUUCUUCUUUUACCCUUCUGUUCUCUUCACUUAAAAAUCAAACUUCUGUACCAAGCUAUGUUACAACAGCGAGCUCAAGUAAAAUACUGUUUAUAUUGCAUGAGUUCUUGAAAUAAACAACGUUGCAUGAAAA